AUGUCUGGAUUUAUACUGCACUUCUAUAAAGCUCAGACAUUACAUGCUACCCUUUACCAUCUACAUCAUGCCAAGGUCCAGGACCCGUUAUUAGAAAUAAAUGUAGGGACCGAGCCCGAACCACGGCCUCUUUUUGUAAGCCAGCUUUUGAGCCCUGAAUUAGCAGCCGAGAUUAUCGGCCUGCUCUAUGAAUAUAAGGAUUGUUUUGCUUGGGAUUAUCAUGAGAUGCCUGGAUUGCCAAGAAGUUUGGUCGAGCACGAGCUAAAGAUUAGGGAGGGGUUUAGGCCUUUCCAACAGUCACCGAGGCAAUUCUCGACCGAAGUACAGCUUAAGGUCAAAGAGGAAAUUGAACGGCUCCUUAAAGCCGGCUUCAUCCGCACGACUCGGUACGUUGAGUGGUUGGCUAACAUUGUACCAGUUUUGAAAAAGACUGGGGCUUUGAGGGUUUGCACCGACUACAGAAAUCUAAACCUCGCGACUCCCAAGGACGAGUAUCCCAUGCCUAUGUCCGACUUCCUGGUGGACGGAGCCGCAAAGCACGAGCUCCUUUCUUUCAUGGACGGCCACGCUGGUUACAACCAAAUCUUCAUAGCCGAGGAAGAUGUCCACAAGACGGCGUUCAGAUGUCCAGGCGCAAUCGGGACUUAUGAAUGGGUAGUCAUGCCAUUCGGCCUGAAGAAUGCCGGCGCAACGUACCAACGAGCUAUGAACCUUAUUUUCCACGACCUAAUCGGCCGAACCGUUGAAGUCUAUAUCGACGACGUUGUUGUAAAAUCCCCAUCCAAAGCCGACCACGUGGGGCAUCUCCGGCAGGCUUUCAAUCGCAUGCGGGCACACGGCCUAAAGAUGAACCCUAAGAAAUGUGCUUUCGGCGUCACCGCCGGGAACUUUCUCGGAAAAAUCCGGCUGUUGACUCCUCUGCUCAAACUAAAAGACACGGAACGGUUCGUGUGGGGGGCAGAACAUCAAGCGGCCCUCGACGACAUCAAGCAAUAUUUAUCUCAACCACCGGUCCUUAUGCCGCCAAAAAGAGGGAAACCCUUGAGGCUUUACAUUUCGGCUUCAGAGGGCUCUAUCGGUUGUCUAUUGGCUCAGAACAACGAGUCUGAGCGAGAACAGGCAGUGCACUACCUGAGCCGCACCCUUAACAUGGCCGAGCUAAACUAUUCACCGAUCGAGAAAUUAUGCUUGGCGCUUUAUUUCGCGGCCACCAAGUUGCGCCAUUAUAUGCUUCCUUCGGUCGUUCAGAUCAUCUCCAAGACCGACCUCAUCAAAUAA